ACUUGGUACUUCAUUCGACGGCCGCCUCGCCUCACGGCGAAGUUUCUCUCUGUUUUUACAACAUCAAAUCGAAUGUUAAGACGUGUACCUUUUAUCCUCUAACCAAACUCCCACAUUUCCCAUUUUCCCUCCACUCUGAAGAUGUUUACACUUUACAGUCGAAUAUUAGACAAAUUCCCAGAUAUAAAGACACUAGGACAAAUUCAUUCCAGGAUCAUCUUUGACCCAACCCUAUGCCCAAACACGUCCAUCCACAUCAAAUUGAUGCGAGCAUAUGCUGCUUGUGGCCAGACUACUACUGCACGGCAGCUGUUUGACAAAAUCUCCAUUAAAAAUGUCGUGGUUUACAAUGUCAUGAUCAGAAGCUAUGUCAACAACCGAUUUUAUCAAGAUGCUAUUUUUCUGUUCAAAAGCAUGCAUAUGGAUGGUAUUCAGCCUGACCGUUAUACCCUUCCGUGCAUUCUGAAAGCCUGUUCAGUUUCUGAGAAUGUGUGGUUAGGGGUGCAACUUCACUGCCCAAUUGUAAAGAAUGGCCUUGAUUCGUAUUUAUAUACAGGGAACGGUUUGGUGGCCAUGUAUGGGAAGUGUGGGUUUUUGGCUGAGGCUAGGCAGGUUCUUGAUGAAAUGCCUAAAAGGGAUGUUGUUUCUUGGAACUCAAUGGUCGUAGGAUAUGCUCAAAAUGGAAGCUUUGAUGAUGCAUUAGAGGUUUGCAAGGAAAUGAACUUCUUGGGUCUGAAAACUGAUGCUGGGACAAUGGCUAGCCUUUUUCCAGCUGUAACCAAUACAUGUAUGGAAAAUGUUGCAUUUGUGAGGAACAUGUUUCUGGAUAUGGACAAAACAGAUUUGGUCUCCUGGAAUGUGAUGAUGGCUGUAUAUGUCAAGAACUCUAUGCCUAAAGAGGCCGUCGAAACAUACUUACAAAUGGAGGCUUCUCCCGUAGAGCCUGAUGCAAUAUCUUUUGCUACAGUUCUUCCUUCUUGCGGCGACCUUUCUGCUGUAUUGUUAGGAAAGAGAAUCCAUGAGAAGGUCAAGAUGAAUGGACUUCACCCUAAUUUAUCUCUUGAAAAUGCUCUGAUUGAUAUGUAUGCUAGGUGUGGGUGUUUGCGUGAAGCAAGGGAUGUUUUUGAUGUCAUGGAGUUUCGAGAUGUUGUGUCAUGGACUUCCUUGAUCAAUGCUUACGGUAUGAGUGGACAUGGUCAAGAUGCGGUUUAUUUGUUUUCGAGAAUGCUUGAAUGUGGCCCCAAACCAGAUUCCAUUGCUUUUGUCUCUAUCCUUUCAGCAUGCAGUCAUGCAGGUCUCUUAGAAUCAGGAGAAUAUUACUACAAUCUAAUGACAGAGGAGUAUAUGAUUGUUCCAAGGUUAGAACAUUAUGCUUGCAUGGUGGAUCUGAGGGCAAGAGCUGGGCAAAUAGAUAAGGCGUACUCUUUUAUCAAGAAGAUGCCGAUGGAUGUUAGUGAGAGGGUAUGGGGUUCCCUUUUGAAUGCUUGUCGUAUAUAUAAUGACAUGGAUAUAGGGGUUAUAGCUGCAGAUAAUCUUUUCCAGCUGGCACCUAGGCAGUCUGGUUAUUAUGUCUUGUUAUCAAAUAUCUACGCAAGGGCUGGAAGAUGGCAAGAUGUGACUAAAACUCGGACAAUCAUGAAUGAAAGGGGUAUCAAGAAAAUUCCUGGUCUUAGCUAUGUCGAGCUCAAUAACCAAGUGCACACAUUUCUUGCUGGUGACAGGUGGCAUCCUCAAUCGGGGAAGAUUUAUGAAGAGUUAGAUGCAUUGAUUGGGAAGAUAAAGGAAGCGGGGUAUGUCCCAGUAACUGAUGGUGCUCUGCAUGAUGUUGAGGAGGAAGACAAAGAAAAUCAUUUGGUUGUUCAUAGUGAGAAACUUGCAAUUGCCUUUGCAAUGAUGAACACUGAUUCGGGGACCACAAUCAGGAUUACAAAGAACCUACGUGUGUGUGGUGAUUGCCACAUUGCUGUUAAACUCAUAUCCAAGAUCACCAAACGUCUCAUUGUUGUCAGGGAUACUAGACGCUAUCAUCAUUUUCAAAAUGGAGUUUGCUCGUGUGGUGAUUAUUGGUGAACCGAUAAUUAGCCAGACUCAUCAAGAUGACUCUUUUGAUGUCAAAUUUAUGUAGUGACACAAUGUGUUGGAGGCCCUUGCUAUAUUCCUGAAAAGCUGGUCUCUGAAUUUGCAAAGGUUACUUCCCACCAAUAACUUUAGACAGCUGCUGUUAUCUUUUGACAUAAUUGACUUUGAAGUUGCAUGCUUCUUAUGAGAAAUAGUUACUCAAGUAACACUGGAUGACAUUAAAGUUCAGAAAGUAAAUGAACUUCAAGACUCAUCUUUCCCUGUAAGAUCAGGUAUUCGUAUUCCCAUCCUACCUGGUUUUUGUUCUAUCUGAUGAACAUCAUUUUUAAUUUUUUUUUUAAAAUUAGUACUAUGAGCAGUUCUGCAACUGACUGGUGUUUGGCUUUCGUGUACCAGAUGUUCAAACUUUUUAAUGUCAAUGCUCAAAUCAUAUUUAGAAGUUUAAUGAGUUGUAAGAAAAAAUAUGAAUGAUAUUAGUCUGGUGGGAUAGGAAAUGCCGAACCUAUUUAUUAAUUAUUAUCCCUUAAGAAAAAUGAUGCUGCCAGUGAAUCAUUCUGAGAGCCUUUCCUUUUGAAGUAUAUUAUCCUUUUAGCCAGGCCUGAAAUGCAGCCCCAGAGAGAGCAUCUAUCUAUCUUGUCUUCAACUACCAAGUUAAUCUCAGUCACAUUAUUAUGUAUGCUUCUUGGGUCAAAGAGGAGUUCAUUGAUCAUAUGAACAGCCGAUUGCAGUGUUUCUUCUUGUCAUGCAGGCCGACUUGGUGGUGGUCAAGGGAGGGAUAGAGCUGUUGCUGAUGACAGAGAAGAGAAAUUGAGAAAGAAGAUGCUCUUUACCUGUUUUUUGAAACGAAGAACCCAUCACAAUGCAAGGGGAUAUUGGAGUUGCUAAAAGUGUUGAUAAAGGAGUGACAUGGGAACAGUUGGGCAUUGCAUUGUCUUUGAAUACAAUGGGAAUGGAGUAAAGGGUCAGUUUGGUCCUCGAAGUUGCAAAAAAGGGGUCAAAUAAGUCCUUAUAUAGAAGAUUCU